CACAUGGGUGUACAGUAAAAUCUUAGCAAUAGGAACAAAAACUCAGAAAUAAGACCCAACAUCUGUCCAGGAGAGUUUAGCACAUCAGGGCAGUAAGUCAGGGGAAAAAAAACGGCAAACGGCUGAGGACAAGAGCAGGAGAGAGAGAGAGUGACAGCUACUAGACGGAGGAAGAGAGAGUGGAGCAGCAGAACAGAGCGGAGAGGGAGGAGGAAAGAGAAAGAGAUAAGAGUGUGACAAACAGGAGACUUUGAGAGCAAGCACAUGGUGUAAAAAUGCCUACCAACUUCACUGUGGUCCCGGUGAAGGACAGCGCGAGAAAGGCAAAAGAGGGCAAUGAGGAGGAGGAGGAGGAUGUAGAUGACAACAACGUACUGAAAGAGGAAGAGGAGGACACCACAGGGGAUGGCGUCCCGAAGGAAAACAGUCCCUUCAUCAACAACACAGACAAUGACAAAGGCAACAGCUACGAUGGCACCAACAUGGCUCUUUUUGAGGAGGAAAUGGACAGCAACCCCAUGGUGUCAUCUCUACUCAAUAAACUGGCAAACUACACCAAUCUCACCCAGGGAGCCCAGGAGCACGAGGAAGCUGAUGAUGAUGAAGGGCCCAAGAAGAAAGCUGUUAAGAGCCCACAGAUGGGGACCUUCAUGGGUGUCUACCUCCCCUGCCUCCAGAACAUUCUGGGGGUCAUCCUGUUUCUGCGCCUUACCUGGAUUGUCGGCACCGCUGGCAUCUUGGAGUCCCUGGCUAUUGUCGGCUUGUGCUGCUCUUGUACCAUGCUGACAGCCAUAUCCAUGAGUGCAAUCGCUACGAAUGGUGUCGUGCCAGCUGGAGGUUCCUACUACAUGAUUUCCAGAUCCCUUGGCCCAGAGUUUGGUGGAGCUGUAGGUCUCUGCUUCUACCUGGGGACAACUUUUGCUGGCUCCAUGUACAUCUUGGGUACUAUAGAAAUUCUUCUGACCUACAUCGUGCCUAAAGCAGCCAUCUUCGUGGCAGAGAAAAAGGAGGAUGCGGUGGAUGCCCUGCUGAAUAACAUGCGUGUUUAUGGCACGUGCUGCCUGGCACUGAUGGCUCUGGUCGUCUUUGUCGGAGUGAAAUAUGUCAACAAGCUAGCUUUAGUGUUCUUGGCCUGUGUUAUUCUUUCCAUCCUCGCCAUCUAUGCUGGAGUCAUCAAGACCAUCUUUGAGCCACCAGACUUUCCUGUUUGCAUGUUGGGAAAUCGCACUCUGCAGAACCACAACUUUGACAAGUGUCUUAAGACAGAGAUUAUAGACAACGUGACGGUCACUACCAAGCUGUGGAAUCUGUUCUGUGAGGGCUCUGAGCUCAAUGCCACCUGCAAUGAAUAUUUUGACAACAACAACGUUACUGUGGUGCAGGGCAUCCCUGGGCUGACCAGCGGAGUCAUUUCAGAAAAUAUGUGGUCAGAGUACGGCCCUCUGAGCAUGUUGGUAGAAAACAAGAAGUUAUCAUCUCUUGGGGGAAGCGACCCUUCCCAGGACAUCUACAUGCCAUAUGUAGUCAAUGAUAUCACCACCUUCUUCACACUGCUGGUCGGCAUCUACUUCCCCUCGGUCACUGGUAUCAUGGCUGGUUCAAACCGGUCAGGUGACUUGAGGGAUGCCCAGAAGUCCAUCCCCAUCGGGACCAUCCUGGCUAUUGUGACCACCUCUAUCAUCUACAUCAGCUGUGUGGUUCUGUUUGGUGCCUGCAUUGAAGGAGUUUUGCUUCGAGACAAAUUUGGUGACUCAGUGAAAGGGAACCUUGUUAUAGGCACGUUAUCAUGGCCCUCACCCUGGGUUAUUGUGAUUGGCUCGUUCUUCUCCUGCUGUGGGGCCGGGCUGCAGAGUUUGACUGGUGCUCCGCGCCUGCUGCAGGCCAUCGCACGAGAUGGCAUUGUACCUUUCUUACAGGUGUUUGGUCAUGGGAAAGCUAACGGAGAACCUACCUGGGCUCUGCUGCUGACUGCUGGGAUCUGUGAGAUUGGCAUCCUCAUUGCCUCACUGGACUCUGUGGCUCCCAUCCUCUCCAUGUUUUUCCUCAUGUGCUACUUGUUUGUCAACCUGGCCUGUGCUGUUCAGACCCUGCUCCGAACGCCCAACUGGAGACCACGCUUCAAAUACUACCACUGGGCUCUGUCCUUCCUCGGAAUGAGCUUGUGCCUUGCUCUCAUGUUCAUAUCCUCCUGGUAUUAUGCCAUUGUUGCCAUGGCCAUUGCUGGGUGCAUCUACAAAUACAUUGAAUACAGAGGGGCGGAGAAGGAGUGGGGUGAUGGCAUCCGUGGUCUGUCUCUUAACGCAGCCCGCUACGCCCUCAUUCGCCUUGAGGAAGCUCCACCACACACCAAGAACUGGAGACCUCAGUUGUUGGUCCUCCUGAACCUGGACUCAGAUCAAGGAGUCAAACACCCUCGCUUGCUGUCCCUCACCACUCAGCUGAAGGCAGGAAAAGGCCUGACGAUAGUGGGAAAUGUUUUAGAGGGAACGUACCUCACGAAAGAUACAGAGGCCAAGAGGGCUGAGCAGAACAUCAAGUCUUGCAUGUCAGCAGAGCGGACCAAGGGUUUCUGUCAUGUUGUGGUGUCUUCAAACCUAAGAGACGGCGUCUCCCACCUCAUCCAGUCUGCGGGGCUGGGCGGCAUGAAGCACAAUACAGUCCUGAUGGCCUGGCCUGGGACCUGGAAGCAGUCCAACGACCCGCAGUCAUGGAAGAAUUUCAUAGAGACGGUGAGGGAAACCACCUCCGCCCAUCAGGCCUUACUUGUGGCUAAGAAUGUGGACAGUUUCCCCACCAACCAGGAUCGUCUGGGGGAGGGCACCAUUGAUGUGUGGUGGGUGGUCCACGAUGGAGGCAUGCUGAUGCUGCUGCCCUUCCUGCUGCGACAGCACAAGGUUUGGAGGAAAUGUAAGAUGCGUAUCUUCACUGUGGCCCAGAUGGAUGACAACAGCAUCCAAAUGAAGAAAGAUCUCCAGAUGUUCCUUUACCACCUGCGAUUGGAUGCAGAGGUGGAAGUGGUGGAGAUGCAUGAUAAUGACAUCUCAGCCUUCACCUACGAGAAGACGCUGGUGAUGGAGCAGAGGUCUCAGAUGCUGAAACAGAUGCAGCUGUCCAGGACCGAGAGGGAGAGAGAGAUUCAGAGUAUCACUGAUGAAUCGCGUAGUUCAAUCCGGAGGAAGACCCAGGGCGCUGCCCAGAGCACGAGCCUCAACCGGCAGUCCUCACCGAUGGAGGACACUCAGGAGGAUGAGGCCCAGCUCAUCCAUGACAGGAACACCGCAUCUCACGCCACCAUAAAUGACAAGGCCGACACUGGGCCCGAGCGGGUUCACAUGACUUGGACCAAGGAUAAGCUGUUCACAGAGCGUAAUCGUAACCGCGACGCCACCGUGGCUGUGCGUGACCUGUUUAACAUGAAACCAGAGUGGGAGAGUCUGAACCAGUCUAACGUUCGUCGGAUGCACACUGCUGUCAAGCUGAACGAGGUGGUGGUCAACAAGUCGCAGGGAGCCCACCUGGUUCUGCUCAACAUGCCUGGGCCACCUAAGAACAGAGGAGGGGACGAAAACUACAUGGAGUUCCUGGAGGUUCUCCUCGAGGGUCUGAACCGUGUCCUUCUGGUGCGAGGCGGAGGCCGUGAAGUCAUCACCAUCUACUCUUAAAAAAAAAAAUAAUAAUAAUAAUAAUUAAAAAUAAAUAAAUAACUUUUACGCCCCCUCACUGCACACGUGGGCUGUUGCCAUGGAUACCGGUCACCGGGCAUUCUUUGGGGGGAAGAAUCCAAAUUGGGUUUUUAUGAAGCGCGGGGGUUUGUUGGAAGGCGGGACCACUUGUGAUUGACGGAUUGGUCUGAAGGACCUGAGGACGAAGGAAACAGCGAGCGUUUGAAUCAGCUUGACUGGCUGAGAGAGCGAGCACAGCGUGAGUCCACGCCGGGCCACAGAACCCCUGCACAUGGAAGAUAGAGCAUAGAGACACUUUAUAUUUUUCAUUUAACUCUGAAAACUGUUCUGUUCUGUUACAUUUUCAUAUCCUUUCCCUCUUGUGUUGAUGUUGUCGAGUUACUGGCGCUCACUGUGUAAAGAUAAGCAAAGAAGAAGUGUUGUUGAUAUGAACCUCGUAGUCUUUCAUGUUGUCUGGUGUACUUGACUCUGGGAGGUGCAGAGACGUUUGUUGAACCGUUUGAGGAAAAAGUUGACAAGUUGUAAAGUGGAUUUGAACCCGGUCACAAAUACCUAAAUAUACUCAGAAAGGCAGAGAACCAUCCUUUAACACUCUGCUGCAGAAGGCUCACUCAUAACAACACAUACAACAACAUUUGCACUUAAAUGUUUUCAUCUAGAAUAGCCUCUCAGAAUCUCUCUUUCAGUCUGAUCUACAGAAGGGACACCCAGUCUGUUUAGAAGCUGCUAAAAAAAUGUCCUGGUUAGGUUGCAGACCCUUUAAUGUCUCACAGCGCGGGAGGGCGUGUCUUUCCCCCGAAGCUGUAGUGUUGUCGCUCUGUGGUCGUUUGCCUUGUCGGUGAUUUAGCGAAGGACCAGCCUGAAAGAUGUUGAACGUAACCCAGAUGUUGGCUCAUCUUCUGUGAGGUGGGUGGGAGCCUUUUACACAACAUCAGGUACUGAUACUUGAUCAUUGGUCAAAUCCCUCCCUCAAAGAAUUCUGUUGUUUUAAUGAGGAAAAUAGCCAUAGUUAAUAUUCCAGGAAUCUUUGUGAGCUUUAUAGUAAAACAUAUUAAAUGCACAUAUCUAUAUAUAUAUAUAUUUAUGGUGUCUGAAGUAGUGCUCAGUUGGGAAUGACCAUAGAGAUUUUUUUUUAAAUUGAAGGGCUGUUUGACAGCAUACAGUAGCUCAGUAAAUUGGUAGAUUGGCUAAAUACUUUUUAAAAUGUAAAAAGCACAAACUUUACAUGUGAAUUAGUGUCAUUCAAUUUGUUUUUUACGUGGUUUCCUCCCAAACGAAACAUCUGGUGUCGUUGCUACAGCACUGUUGACUUUGCACUACCAGUCUUUCAGCACUUCAAUCAUUGUGUACUCUCGCCUGGUUCUAUAGCUUACAGUGAUUUUUCUAACGGUUGAUGCACCUCUACAUCCAAGGAAAAAAAAAUAUUUCUAGGUUUUUGUGGUAUGUUACCAAGCAAAAAUCUUUAGGCUUUGAGUCCCAGACUGAGCAGAGGAAUUGUUGUGAGUAUGUGUAGGAGAAAAAGUGCCAAAAUGAGUUCAAAAGAAACUGUGGAAGUAUUAGUACAAUGCUUCUUCGAUCACGGACAUACUGUAGCCUCUGCUUUUCACAUCUACAAUAUUUAACCCUGAAAAUAAGAGCACAUUCUUUUUUUUCUUUUUUUUUUUCAGGGUUCAUCUUUUUUGCCAUAGUUCUUUAAAAACAAAUAGUGGGAUUUCCAGGGCAUUUCAAACCUUCCAACCUGGGCUACAUGCUGCAAAAAGAAUCUUUUGGUCAGAGGAAAGAAAGAAAGACAGAUUCAACCCCUUUCACAUUUCCACCUCCACAGUUUCUUUUCAGAAUUAGCUGUGCAGUAUUUUGUAAAGCAGAAGGUCAUAUUUUCCUGUUCAGUUCUUUGUGGGGAAAUGUGAACUUCUGAUUUUCAGUUAUGCAAUAUCUGUGUUUUGUUCAGUUGUCGAUGUAUGCCUGUGUAACUAUAUAGUCAUGGUCUCUGUAGUGUUUGUUACAUUAUAACUGAUCUUCUGUUACUUUAAGUGUUAAUUUUUGGUGUGAUUUUUUUUUGGUAUGGAAAGAGGCAGAGAGAGGAGGUAUAUGUGCGACGAUGGCAGCAGUUGUCAGGUUUUUUGUGUUUUGUUCCAACCCACCAGAAACACAACACGCACAACACACGGGACUGAAGACCCCUCAUGAUACCGUGGCACCCUGGACUGAAAGUAUUAGGAAACAUGAGUGAAGCAUCCAGGGUAAAAAAAAACCCGAAUGGUUUCAAUAAUUAUCACUCACUAUAUAAAUUUCCAACUACUUCAGUUCCUUUGUUCCAUUUUCUAAUUAGCCACCCAAAAAAAAAAACAUAAUUCUGCAUAAAUAAACCUAAAGGUGUCUAGUUUUAAUAAGUUUGAAAGUUGUGAAGAUAAAUUAUAAAAGAGUUUCUGUUUUGUUUUAAAUUUGAGUACUCAGCUGAAUAGCAGUAGUUGUACAUAAAGGAAACAUAAACGACAUAAAACCUUAAACAGAAGAUGCUAAAUUGAAAAAAGACAAAUGUUAUUCUGGAGGUAAAUAGUCAGCAGUGUGUGUGUUUCACAGUUCUAAUGUUUGAGGUGACUGGAGAACGUUAUCUACCUCAAGUUGUCACUGAGGCUCGGCUGAAGAAAUAAAACCUUGUUCAAUCACA